CCAAAUACUUGAGCUACUGAGCCACACACUUACACUGACUCAGCUUAAGUUGCAGAGACACAGUGGACUUUCUGUUGGAUGUCAGACAGAACGGCAAAGGACCCCUCACUAACAGGAACCUAAAACACACAAACACUUGGGAACACUUCAAAUGCGUGAUCUGACUCUGCAAGGGGAGAACAUGUUCACGUGGAGUCUUGGCUUUUCACAAUGUUUCAUUCCUGCUUAUAGCUAAGGUUUUUUUUAGCCGUCGUCACUCUAAGGUUGCCCAUUAAUGGUUUGGAAUUGGGAAUGUAAAGCUGUUUUGUUAGCAUGUCUGCCUUACAAUUCCUUUACUGUAAGUCGAGGCCUGCUGGAGCUCAAUUCUGCUUCAUGGCACUUGUAUUUACUCUUUAUUUUGCAUUACAUUAUGUGUGAGACUAACCCCUUUCUCUACCUGUCCAUUCCUCCUGUCGAGCUCCAUACAGAACUGGUGGAGAAAAGGGGUGCUUGGAGGGGGGGACGAUAUCUCUGGAUGCCCACUUAAGAAAUAUCUGCGUUACCUUCCAAUACACCUUCCAAACUUAAGUGGAUUGAACAUGGGUGCUGUUGAAUUAAUAAAAAAAUGCUCUGUAUUAAAAAUUAUUUUGUUUAUAUAACAUAAAAUUGAACUAUAAACAUGAAAUUUAAAUCUGUUGAGUUUAUAUAUUGACAAAAUAAUAAUUCUGAAUUUUGAACCCUCAUUGAACAAAAUUAAACUUAAUAUGGACAAAUGGAAAGCAUUGAAAUUAUCCUUAUGGGGGGAAAGUUAAUGUUACUAAAAUGGUUGUGGUGCCUCAAGUUAAUUAUCUCUCUAUGAUGCUUCCAUUUAAUAUUCCGCAAAGGAUAUUUAAGCAGUACGAGAGUAUAGUAAAAGAUUUUUGUUGGGAAAGAAAAAACCUAGGAUUAAAAUUACUUUGCCCAGAGACAAGGGAGGUCUAGGAUUGCCAGAUGUUAGAUUAUAUAGCAUGUCAUUUGAAAUAGCCAAACUCUACUAUCACUGGAAGAAUGUGAAUUCUGAUGUGGACUGGAUAGCUAUCGAGAGCGAUUUGGCUUCACUAUUUCAACCUCUGCACAUUCUGUGACAAUGGGGGAAAAUAUAAGAAACACAAACCCGAUAAUAUCUUUUUUGAGGAAUGUAUGGAUCAAAAUACAUAAGAAGCUUAAAGUAUCACAUUACAUGCAGCCAUAUUCCUCAAUUUGGCACAAUCCUGAAAUACAAAUAGGAAAAAGUAUGGAAACAAUGGCAACCCAAAGGGGUGAAAACUCUUUGGGAUUUAUUUGUAAAUGGGAUGUUUAUGUCAUAAUCAGAUGUAAAGAGUAAGUAUGAUGUAGAAGGAGGAGGGAGUUUUUGGAAGUUUUUGCAACUGAGGCAUUGAGUCACGAGUGUUAAAAUAGAGAAGAUGAAUGGUCAAGAAUACUUUCUAGAGAGGGGAAAUAUAGGGAAGUAAAAGGUAAAUUUAUUCAGUAUAAAAUUAUACACAGAUAGUACUGGACACUAGUUAGACUAAAUAGAACUGGACUAAUUAAUACUGAUCAGUGUUGGAAUUUUAGAAGGCUUAUUUACACAUGCUGUGGCAGUGCUCUCAGGUAUAUCCAUUUUGGGGUAGAGUUCUUGGUCUCCUGGACAAAUGGCUAGGCUUUACUUUACCCCGCAAACCCGACUCUGUCUGCUAGGAGAUAGAGUGGAAUUGCCAAAGGUGAAUAAUAAACAGUUUAAGGCUGUGAUGGUGGGACUCAUAACUGCCAUGAGGGUAAUAUUAGGGCAUUUAAAAUCCUGAAUAAUCCCUAAUAUAUAGAAAUGGACCGAUGAGAUGAUUAAGGCAGCUUCAUAUGAAAAAAUGUUGGACAGACUAAAUGGGAAAAAAGAUAUGAUGAAAAUGUGGGAACGUUUCUAGGGCCAUGUUUUUGAAGGAUAAAUGGCUGGGAGGUUGAACUAGUGAUUGGUCAUAUUGUUUUAUAAAUGUGAAUGGCUGAAGUGCUGUAACUUUUUGGUUUGAAAAACAAGAAAAAUUUGAAUUACAAAAUAAAAUAUUUUUGGAUAGUAAUUUCAUGUAACCAUUUCUCUUAAAAUUAAUUACAUCCAACUGUACAUUUUUUAGUGUAGGUAGGUAGAUGGAUCGAUAAAAUUAAAUAAUGAUUACAAAUCACAAAUAACUAUUACAGUCAUGGCCAAAAAUAUUGGCACCCCUGCAUUUAUGUCAAAAAACACACCCCUUCUUCCAGAAAAUUGUUGCAAUUACAGAUGCUUUGGCAUUGUCAUUAAUUUCUCUUGUUGGCACUUGAAGAAAACAAAAAGAGGAAGAAGGAAAAACACAAAUCGGAGAAAUUCCACGCCAAAGGGCACCUGCCCUUCUCAUAUUGUCUCAAAAACCCAAAGCCCCAGAGAGCAAGUCAGAGUGCUAAGAAUUAUAGCGCCAACAAGCCCAUGGCCCCUUUUCAUGUAAAACUUCGUAUAUGAGGAUGUUUGUGCAGUUUAGUGCCUCUCUUAGCCUCGGCUCCUGUAAAUCAUAUAAGCACACCCACCACACCCCCAGGAGCAUUCCGCGUGCCCCCACCUGCCAACCUGCCUGUCCCCCCCAGCCCACAGGCCGUCUUUUGUUCUGAAAUUUAUCCACAUGACUCCUGACCAAGUCUAAGGUAAAUCAGAUUCCAUCUAUUAGAAAUGAAAUUUUCAGUAAAAUACAAAUUUUUCCCCCAAUCUGUGAGACAGUGCAGAAUUUUUGGAGUCGGUCCUAACUCUGUCUUGAAUAUGUACCCAGCAGGCACCUAGGACUCGUAUCUCCCUCUGAGAAUCUUUCUAAGGCGCUCAGCAGCAGAAAUUCUCCAUCCUAGAUGAGCCUGCAAAGUUCUGUAGAAGUUAAAUAUACUUUAGUCAAAUGAGAGACUAACCUGUUGUCAGGCAGGGGAAGCUUGAACAAGGCCUUCAUUCAUGACAUCUUCACUUGGCUUUUUGACGAAUCCCCAUUUAGAUGCAGCACGUCAGAGACUGAAGAGCAGGAUGAAGGCUGUUCCCUGGUUUUGGUCUACAUUCCUCGGUCCUCUGCUAUGGAGUCUACCUUCUGCUUCACCUCAUUCUGGAGCCGCCCAUCCAGUCAGCGGCCCAUGUCCCCCUGGUUCCCUGUUUCCUGAGUCUCCAUGGACCUGAGUCCAGAGAAGCACUCUGAUCUUGAGGACAUCCGGCUGAGGAAAGGAGCCCUUCUGCUGGAGAUCCAGAGGCUGCGGGAGGCGCUGAGAGAGGCCCUCAUGGAAGUGGAGGUCCUUGAAUCCAGCACCAAACGCAGCCAAAUCUUAGAAAAGAAUAGGCAUGUCGCCAUGGGAAGAAAGAAAUUCAACAUGGACCCUAAGAAGGGUAUCCUGUUCAUGGUACAAAACAAUCUUCUCCGGCACACGUCUGAGGACAUCGCCCAGCUCCUAUACAAGGGAGAGGGGCUGAACAAAACAGCCAUUGGGGAUUACCUGGGUGAGAGAGACGACUUCAAUAUCCAAGUCCUCCAAACAUUUCUUGGGCUUCAUGAAUUCGCAGGGUUCAACCUGGUACAGGCUCUCAGGCAGUUCCUCUGGAGUUUCCGUCUGCCAGGAGAAGCACAAAAGAUUGACAGGAUGAUGGAGGCCUUUGCGCAGAGGUACUGUCAAUGUAAUCCUGGAGUCUUCCAGAACAUUGACACCUGCUAUGUACUUUCAUUUUCCAUAAUCAUGCUAAACACUAGCCUUUAUAAUCCAAAUGUGAGAGACAAGCCCAGUGUGGACAGGUUCAUCUCCAUGAAUCGAGGAAUCAAUGAUGGAGGCAACCUGCCAGAUGAUCUCCUCCGAAAUCUUUAUAAGAGCAUAAAGAAUGAGCCAUUCAAGAUUCCUGAAGACAAUGGGAACAAUGCCUUCUUCAACCCUGACAGAGAGGGUUGGCUCUUCAAACUGGGAGGAGGACGGGUGAAAACAUGGAAAAGGCGGUGGUUCAUCCUGAUGGACAACUGCCUUUACUACUUUAAACAUACUACGGAUAAGAAACCCAGGGUGAUCAUUCCGCUGGAGAAUCUGAGCAUCCGUGAGGUGAAGGAUCUCAGGAAGCCUAACUGCUUUGAACUGUACAUCCCUAACAACAGCAGACAGCUGAUGAAAGCCUGCAGAACGGAGGCGGACGGCCGCCUGGUAGAGGGCAAUCAUGUGGUGUACCGCAUCUCGGCGCCAACCCCUGAGGAGAAGGACAAGUGGAUACAGAGCAUCACUGCUGCUGUGAGCGCUGACCCUUUUUAUGAGAUGCUGGCAGCAAGAAAAACACAGAUCUCUUAAAACAGGGGUGUCAGACUCAUUUUCACCCCGCGCCACAUCAGCAUCAUAGUUGUCACCUUAUUCGGCCCUCAGGAAACCACCAUGUCCCCCACAGACGUCCCGAUGUCAUGUAUUUGGUGCCAGAAUUAUAGAACACACAGGACUAUUUGUGCCAGAUUCCAGAGGAAGAAGUCAACCACUGUGAAAAUGACUGCAUUCACAGACGUGACAUUGCUUGUGAUGAUGAUGUCUUCACGUUGUGCACCUCUGUCAUGGCAGAGAAUGGUCUUGAUGUUCCUCUGGAUGCUUAUAAGGCAAUUGACCUCUACCUGCGCCUACGAGAAGAAUGAUCAGUUCUUCUACACAUUGAACGAUAAAGACUGUGUGAAUAUGUUUGGAUGUGCUAUUGCAGAAAGUAUUUAUUUCAGAACAAGGAACUUUGCACAAAACAACUGACUAUUUGACUAUGAUCGCCCACUCAAACAUUUGGGCCCAAAAUUGUUGUUGCAGACAUUCUUUGCCUUUAUAAUGUGGUCUCACAAAGUAAUGUUUAACCUUAAGGUAGCAUGACUGAAUACCAGGUUUUGUUUUGAGGCGACUUAUUGUUCACUACAGAUUUUAUCAUCGAAAUGCCCUGUCCUUUUUUUGUAUAAAUGUGAAAUUAAAUGUUAUUUGCACUGUAUUGCUGAUCUUUAUGUCAGAGUACCUUUUUUUCUGAGAAUCCACACUGCUCUAAAUUUGCAUCAACAUGAUUGGGAUUGGGAUGGAAAAAUUAUUUUCCAUCUUAACCCAUAUUCUAAGCAUAUUGAUUUCUGUUGUAAAUUUUACUUUUACAGCAGUAUGAUUUAAGACACUAACAGCAAUCCAUUUUUCAACCAGUAAUUGUUAAUGUGAUAGGAAUUGCAUUCAACAGCA